AUGUCGUCCCUCUUUCGAAUUGGGCAAGUCCUCAAGGGUAGGAUAGGCAAGUACACGAUCACGAAAGAGAUCCAGGACACCGUAUGGUUUGCGAAGAAUCAUGUGCAAGAAACGGUGGUGAUUAAAAGCGUUCGAGAUCAUCCGAGAAUCGAAAAUGAACGAGAUGUGCUCAAACGAUUUCAACAUCGUACUCAAUACCUUCGACCCUUGAUAGAUGAGAUCGAGGAGCAUUCCUAUCCUGCUAUCAUCGCCUUAAAGUACCUUGACACCGAUCUUUUGGAAGCAUUGAACAAGCAAACGCUAAACCGGAAGGAGCUCAAGCACGUUUCUCGAUGCAUCCUAGAAGCACUAAGCGUUCUCCAUAAGGAUGGCUAUGUGCAUACUGACGUCAAGCCCGACAACGUUCUUGCCAACCUCCAAGCAGGUGACGUUCGAUUUUCUGACGUCCAACUUGGAGAUCUAGGAGGAAGCUACCCUAUUGACUCAGAGUGGGCCACAUCCGGAACACGGGUCGGAACACCAAUAUGGUCAAGUCCGGAAAUCCUUCUGGAACUGCCAUGGAACACGGCAACUGAUAUAUGGUCUUUUGGAGUUGUGCUGAUAAGUCUGAUCUACGGUGGGAAUUUUCAUAUUUUCAAGCCCAAGGGCAUGACUCGAGACCAUGAAGAGUAUGAAGUGGGUGUUGCCCUGAACCAAAUACGCUUCUUUGGUCCAUAUCCCCUGAAGUUUCAGGAUAUUCUCAGUCCUGAAAGCCUUCACUCUGUCCUGUGCUUGACGCAAGAAGUCCCCGAAGAUGAGUUGACCCUCUUUGCAUGGGUGACCGAAAAGGAAGUCAUCAAAAAGGACAGGGACUUCAUUGUCAAGAUGAUGAAGCUCGACUGGAGGGAUCGGCCAACCGCAAAGGAACUGCUGGAGGAUGAGUGGUGGAAGGAUGACUCAUAAUGAGUCUGCCUUUGCAUUGCGAUAGAAGAAUUCUCACAUCCAUACUGACUGUUUUGUCUACCCUCGAGGAUUGUGCUUGCAUGGCUGGAUUUUACCCGCCUUAGGUAAGGCAGCUUGUGCCACAUUCGUUUUCUGAAUCAGAUGCGCGAUGGAGGACUGCAGGCUUACCUCCAAUACCUUUGCGCUCGGCUUAUAUGUGCAUCUGGUUAGCAGGGUGAAGAAAGCGUUGGUAGUAAGUAAAGGAAAACUUUCAUACGGGUAGCGGGAACCAAAACCUCGUAUCUAGUAACAACACGCUUGGACACCAGAUCUACGGGAGGUUAGU